ACGACUUGCUCUGAUUGAUCGGGUCAGUCUUAUGGUCUUCUCCCCUCUCUCUCUCUCUCUUACCUUAAAGUCACUGAAAUCUUAGCCAACACCUCCAAUGAUAUUAGUUUUUGAGAGAGAGAAGAGAGAAAGAAUGUUCCGGUCGUUUCUCAGACAAUUGGACCGAUGCCCCGGCCGACGAGGUAGCGGAGACGAGCUUCUCUGGCACAUGGACUUGAAGCCUCACCCCUCCGGCGACCUCUCCAUGGCCGUUGUUCAAGCUAAUUCUUUUCUCGAAGACCAAAGUCAAGUCUUCACUUCUCCCUCAGCCACCUUCAUCGGCGUCUUCGACGGCCACGGCGGCCCCGACACCUCCAAAUUCCUCUCCCACCACCUCUUCCCUCACCUCAACAAGCUUGUUUCUGACAGAGGAGGGUUGUCAGAGGAUGUGAUUAAGAAGGCAUUUGAUGAUACAGAGCAAGAAUUCUUGCACUUGGUGAAGCGGUCGUGGCCGGCUAAGCCAGGGAUUGCUUCAGCAGGUUCUUGUUGUCUGGUCGGAGCGAUUGCGAAGAAUAAGCUGUACGUGGCCAAUCUGGGCGACUCUCGGGCGGUUCUAGGCCGGAGAGUCUCCGGUGGGACGAAAAGUGAUGCGGUGGUGGCGGAGCGGUUGUCCACGGAUCAUAAUGUGGCGGUGGAAGAGGUGAGGAAGGAGGUGGAAGCUCUUCAUCCUGAUGAUUCACAUAUUGUUGUCAACCAUCACGGUGUUUGGCGAAUCAAGGGUAUAAUUCAGGUGUCGAGAUCUAUUGGGGACAUAUAUCUGAAGAAACCAGAGUUCACUAGAGAUUCUUAUCUCCACACAUUCGGAUUUCCCAUUCCACUUAAACGGCCUGUAAUGACAGCAGAACCCUCAAUCCAGGUUCGAGAGCUAAAACAUGAAGACUUGUUCUUGAUAUUUGCGUCGGAUGGCCUUUGGGAGCAACUCAGUGAUGAAGCAGUAGUCCAGAUUGUUUUCAAAAGCCCAAGAACUGGAAUAGCAAAACGAUUGGUGAGUGCUGCCCUUCACGAGGCAGCAAAAAAGAAAGAAAUGAAAUAUGAUGAGAUUAAAAAGAUGGAAAGGGGAACGAGGCGUCAUUACCACGAUGAUAUCACAGUGGUGGUUAUAUAUCUUGAUCACCAUCAAGGUGUAUCAAGUGGUGGUAAAUUCAGGAAGCAUAGCACUGUUGAUUGCAUUAGUGCACCAGUCAACAUCUUCCCCCUCAAUGCAGAUGAAGUUGAGGAACCAGGCCACAGGAAUUCCUGAAUGAACAAGUACAAUUAAAUUCAGAAUUAUACAUAACAGAAUCGUAGGUUCUUAAAGACAUGGUUUAUUUGGUGUGAAUGUUCAGUUUAAGUUGAUAUUUCAAAUGAGAUGGAUUAUACA